AUGGAUCAGUAUAUCACUCGUUUGAGACAAAAAGCCGUGUACUGUAAUUUUACAAAUGUAGAAGAGAAUAUUAGGGACCAGGUCAUCGAGAAAUGUUAUUCGCAAAGACUGAGAAGAAAAUUGUUGGAAAAAAGUGAUGUUUCUUUAGAUGAUUUACGAGGGAUAGCAAGGUCACUUGAAGCAUCGGAAUUGCAGGCUUCCACAAUGGAAUCAAAAGAAAGUGUAAACAAAAUACGACACAAAUUUAUGCCAAAACCACAGGCAUCUGGUGCAUACAGACCACAGGCACAUGGUGCAUACAAAAACAGAAAUGGGACAGAAUCUGGGAAAUGUCAGAAAUGCUAUGCAUGUGGAAAGACAGAUCCUAAGUGUCCAGCUAGAGGAAAGAAGUGCAGAAAAUGUAAAAAAGAAAAUCAUUUUGAGAAAUGUUGCAAAUCUAAGCCUUUUGGUAAACCAAAUCAGAGCCGUAGAGAAAAGAUCAGAGCAGUUGAUGUCGAUGAAAAUGAUUCAUCUGAUAAUUACGUAUUCACUGUAUCAAGCCAGUACAUGAAAGGAGACAUACAUGUUGACAUAGGGGGAAUAACCAUUCCCGUGAUUAUAGAUUCUGGUGCAACCGUGGAUAUCAUUGACAGAAACAUGUGGGAAUACAUGAAAGAAAUAAAAGUGAAAUGUAACAGUAAACUGACAAAUAAAAAAGUGUAUGCAUAUGGUAAUGAUAAACCUUUAACUGUAGCUGGGAGUUUCACUGCUGAUGUAACAGUGUCAAAUAAAACUGUAAAUGCUGAAUUCAUUGUGGUAGAAGAAAAUGGACAGGCAUUGUUAGGUAAAACGACUGCUGUAGAGCUAGGCAUUUUACACAUUGGUAUGCCGAGUAUGGUGAACAACGUUAUGACUGAUGCUGAAAGGAAACAAGACCUGUGCAAGAAAUUUCCCAAGUGUUUUGAUGGUAUUGGCAAGUUAAAAGAUUAUCAGCUUCACAUUCCAGUUGAUAAUGACAUUGAACCAGUUGUACAGCCAUUGAGAAGAGUACCGUAUGAGUUACGAGAGAAGCUUGAGAAGAAAAUAGACGAGUUAGAAGAGUUGGACAUUAUUGAAAAAGUAAACUCAACAAGUAAGUGGGUAAAUCCAAUUGUUGUCGUGCCAAAGAAAGAUGAUAUAAGACUUUGUAUUGAUAUGAGAAGAGCCAACGAAGCAGUUAAAAGGGAGAGAUACCCUAUUCCAACAACAUAA